UCAUAUGUAGCACGUAGGGGGCGUUUCCGCUAGCUGUUGGGAUUUCGGACACCGUCGCACUCGGCUGCUGUAUAAAGCGCAGGAUCAGAGAGAAUCGUGAAGAAAACAGCGAUGGCGAGCGAUCAGGGAGGCCACCUUCUCCUGCUGCUGCUACCUCUUUUAAUAGCGUAUGCCGAAAGUGAGCAUCCCGCGAUAAACUGCUUGAGCCCGUCUGUGGCUAACGGGAUGAUGAUUAGCGGAAACGGCACCUCCUACAGACCCACAGACUCUGUGAGAUUCGCCUGCAGGGAUGGCUUUGACCUGACCGGACCUAAAGAGAUCGCCUGCGGUCCGGACGGGCAAUGGGACCCCCAGCCUCCGCAGUGCCUGCCCUCCACAGAUAGAGGCUGUGGCCCUCCUGCUUCCUACCCCAACAUGCACCCCAUCGGCAUAGAUUUAGCACAGCGGCUGUUCCCGCCGAAAUCCCGCGUGGCCUAUCAGUGCGCCAUAGGGUACAUGAGGACCCUGGGCACACGCAUCAGCGAGUGCAAAGACGGCCACUGGACACGGAUUUACAUGAAAUGCCAGCGGAAGGUUUGUGGCUCUGCAGGGGAGAUCCUUAACGGCCGCUACAAUUAUGAGGGGGUCGAGUUUGGCGAUAAGGCUACAGCUGUGUGCAAUCAGGGAUACGAGCUCAUUGGUCGUCCUUACAGGCAUUGCCUGGAGAUGGGCUGGGAUGGCAGGGAUCCUGUUUGUGAAGCCGUGCAGUGUGACGAGCCGCCCAGUGUGGUCGAUGCGGAGUGGUCCGGACCGAUCGAAGACAUGUUCCCUUACAGGACAGUGGUCACCUACCAGUGCCUACGAGGGCAGCUUAUAGGGAACAGUCAGAUUCACUGCACCCACAAGGGCAGGUGGAGCUCCAAAGCACCAAUGUGCCAAGACAUCACCUGUUCGAGUCCCAAUGUGCGCAAUGGUGAGAAGACCAGUGGCUUUCAAAUGAUUUAUAAGUACGGAGACUCUGUGUCGUUCCGGUGCCUCAAGGGCUUCGUCCUGGAGGGGAGCAGCAGUGUGACAUGCAAUGUCAAUGGGAAGUGGAAGCCAGCCCAGCCCAAGUGCACAAAGAUAAAAUGCCCCCAAAUUAAAGUAGAAAAUGGUACACUCUCUUCCAACCGCGUAGCUGUUGGCCACACCAUAACGAUCAAAUGUAGAAAGAACUUUAGCCUGCAGGGGGCGCAGAAGGUCAGCUGCUUACCAAGUGGCAGCUGGAACGCUAUCAUCCCCAAAUGCGUCUUGGUGAGUUCACUGAAACCUCGGCCAUAUUGGUGAGAGCUCUGGUGGGUGUGGCCUCUGGUGGGCGGGGCUUCUGGAAUAUUGCCUUACAUCCACUGUAAUGUGUGGCCAGCAAAUCUCCCUGCUGCUUUCUCAAGAUUUUCCAGUGCUUGUAUGUAACAUGCAUACAUCUUACAACUACCUAGCCUCAGUCAGCAGAACACUCCAUGUCUUUCUUGAUGUGAAAUAAAUAAUUUUGUAUUAACAGCAGAUACCUUUCAAUGUUUGUUUUUUCGCAUGAAAAUACAUGUACUUUGAUUGCUUUGUCCCGUAGCCCUUAAUGUAGUCCUGUGAGCGUGGGGAUGUUAGUUUAGGUUCUUCUAUUUCGAGUGAAACUCCAUUCAGUGUGAUGGUUUGCCAUCCCCUGCUGGCAGGACUGCAGCUUAAAUGCCAGAGUUUCUGGGUUGACUGUCCAGUGAAUUCCAAUAUCAAUAUGUGCAGAAAUGUAUGACUAUGAACCAGCUCUGUAGGUUUUUGCACUAAAUAUGCAAGCAGUAUGACCCUAAUGCUGGAAGUACCGAGAAAAUACAAUUGUUUCGUAAAAUAUUAAUAAAACAAAAACAAUGUUA